GGAAGGCGAUGGGGAGGGGGCAGGAGGCAGUUCUGCCACGGGGAAGCGUCUCUGCCUGCCCGCUCUCUCCGCCUCCCGCCCGCACCCGCGCUCGCUGCUUGCCGGCCUGGGACCGGGCGGGGACAGCUCCCCGCGACUCCCCCGCCGGCUCCGGCUCCGCCAUGUGCUGAAGCAAGGGCCGCUCCUCGGGUCCCCGCGCCGCCGCUGCAGCUCCCCGGGCCCCGCGCACUGUCUAAAGAAAUUGUUUAACCAUGGAUGUAUUCAUGAAAGGCCUUUCCAAGGCUAAGGAGGGAGUUGUGGCAGCAGCAGAAAAAACCAAACAGGGUGUGGCAGAAGCAGCAGGAAAGACGAAAGAGGGCGUUCUCUAUAUGGGUUCCAGGACCAAGGAAGGAGUUGUUCAUGGUGUCACAACUGUGGCUGAGAAGACCAAAGAACAGGUGUCUAAUGUUGGGGGAGCUGUGGUGACAGGAGUAACAGCAGUUGCACAGAAGACAGUGGAAGGAGCAGGGAAUAUUGCUGCAGCCACUGGCUUGGUGAAGAAGGAUCAGUUGGCUAAACAGAAUGAAGAAGGCAUCCCACAGGAAGGAGUGAUGGAUAAUACAGACAUGCCGGUGGACACUGAAAAUGAGGCUUAUGAAAUGCCUCCUGAGGAAGAGUAUCAAGACUAUGAACCUGAAGCAUGAGAAUCUCUCCCCUCUUUCUAUCUUCUGAAAUCUGCUAACAAAGAUGUCCCAUCCUGUACAAGUGCUGAGUUCCAAUGUGCCCAGUGGUUAACUUUUUUUUACAGUUUUUACAGUGUAUUUUGAAGUCUUCCAUCAGCAAUGAUUGGAGUAUCUAUGACUGCGUCCAGCUCUUGUUUCAGUGAUUCCCUCCUGCUGAAACUAAUCCAUGGGUGGCAGGCCCAUUGUUGUGCUGUGGAUAUUGUGGCUUCAAGUUUAAAAAGCUAAAAUAAAAAUAAAAAUCACCUAAGUGUCUACUGCUUAUUUCUAAAGCUGUACAUGUUUUGUUGACAGGUUGUCAGUAACAUGGUAUUGUUUGAUAAAAGUUUUUUUUAUGUUUCCUAUGAUAAUUAUUUCUGUGCAGAGAUGACUUAUUGUGAGAGUUGUUAAUAUAUAAUAUAUAUAUAUAUAUAUAAAAGUAAUUGAGCAUGACCUAUGCACCUAUAAAUAUUAACUGUUGAAAUUUUAUUGUUUUGUGAUGUGUUUUAUUAAUUUCUGUCUGUAAAUAAUAUUCAGUUGAAGGAAAUAAAACGAAACCCAUUAAAAAUGAA